GUAUGGGAAACUACACAAAUACCAUACCCAACUUACAGAUUGAAGCUCUACUGAGCGUGUCACCUUCAAAGCUCACCGAUCCGCGGCAGGUCCGCGGUGUGUCCACCGCCGGAUCCGGCGAUCCUUUCGGUUCCGACAUCCUCGGAGGCUGCCUAAACGUCCUUCUUUACUACAACCGAGCAUGUCAAGAGGACUCCGGCUGGCUUCACGCCGGCUGGAUCAAGGAAUCCUUAGGAAAAGCUUUGUUGGAGCAACCUAUUUUCUGUGGACGGCUUCGGAAGACGGAAGCCCGCAGUGCUGCCGACGGUGAUAAACGACUGGAGAUUGUGUCAAACGACAGUGGCAUCAGACUUAUUGAGGCCCGAAUGCCGGUUACUUUGUCCGAGUUUCUUGGCUCCAAGAGCCGCCAUGAAGCAGAAACUGAGCUUGUCUUUUGGAAAGAUAUUGAUAGAGAAGAUCCUAACUUCUCUCCCCUAUUCUAUUUGCAG